AUGGAGGACCGCGAGUCGAGUGUAGUGUCGUCGGUCGACUUCUACUCCUCCGACGCAAUCCCAAACCCGCCCCCGGCCGCUUCCCAGGCUGAUGGCGAUGUCCUGCCGCCGCCGCUGGGAAAGCGCAAGGCGGAUGAUGAUGUCGACGAGGAGCAUCAUGCUCCCGCUCACCACCACAACCACCACCGCAACCAUGCCCAAGCCCAUGCCCAUGUUCGCAAGCGCAACCGCCGCGCCUCAUCCCCUUCGCUGCUGCUGUCCGGCUCUCUGCCCGGCUGCGCAGGGCUGCCACCACAGCUGUGGCAGCACGUCUUCUCCUUUUGUUCGCUCGCAGAUCUCGGUCGAUUGAUCCAGGUCAAUCGAUCUUUUCAUUGCUAUCUCACAGACGUGCGCAGCGCCUCGACUUCAAAGUCGGGCCCUGGCCGUCUGCAUCUCCUAAAGUCUGAAUCGUUGUGGGCCUCUGCCCGCAAUGCACUAUGUACAAAGCCUCCAAAGCCUCUUCCGGGCUUUACGGAGCUGCAGAUGUGGCAGCUGGCCUGGUCCAAGAGAUGCCAGUUCUGUAACAAGCUUGAUGCUCACUCUCCAGGCGAGCGCAUCUGGCAAAAGGGCCCUGGUCCUGCUGGUGUGCGCGUCAUCUGGCCCUUUGCCAUCAGGGCCUGCGGACCCUGUCUGCUCGAGCAGUGCCAGACGGACGCGAGCCUUCUCUUCUCGGCAGCCUCUGCUCUCCGCCCGGCCCUGCCCUUCGCCCUCCUCACAAACGACCAGCACUACGUGCCCGCUUACAUGCUGCAGUCUGCGACCACGCCGGCUCACGUCGAGAUUGCAAAGUACUACUACAAGAAGCACGUCGACGAAAUCACCCUCGAGCUCAACGACGCCCUCAGCCGCGGCCCUGCAGCCGCCGAAGAGUGGUCCAAAGGCCUUGGCGCCAGAGGCAAAGAGCGCAUCAAGGUCGCCGAAAAUUGGGAGCGCUGGGAGGCGAGGCACCAGGCCAUGGAAGAACAUACAACAGGGCCGAAGCGCGCUGUCUCUGCAGCUCCCUCACAUGCCGCCACGUCACACAACAACAAUCCAUCCAAAUCGCCCCCACACCGAACACCCUCUCCUAUAAUUCACGCCCCGGUUCCAGCGAGUAAGUAUGGUUCUGCUGUCUCAUUUGCUGCCAGACAUGGCAAUGCGUCUCGACAUCUUGACAGCACCCCUCCAGUUCGCAACCUAACAGCCGUAGCCCCAUCAUCCCAGCACGCCCAGGCGCGACCCCCCACAGCUCCACCACAGGCCUUUACUCCAUCUGGUCAGAGAAAUCUUCACGAUGCAAACGAAGCCAAAGCGACUCGAAAGACCGACAUAGAACGUCGGUGUCAGCUAAUGGAUCCUCCAAUUGCUCCAAACAUCUUGCGCCACAUGGACUCCUUCAAGGCGGCUAUCCAGAUAUCGCAGCCAAUGAACGACUAUGCAUGGAGUGUGCUGCAACCCCGCUUGAUAGCCCAACUUCCUGCGGCCCAACAAGCAGAGGCUGACCACGUGUCCCGCGCUGCUUCUCUACCCACCAAAUCUUUGGACCGCCGCCAUCCGGAUGCAAACUCUAAAGAGGCCAAGGAAGCCAUGGAUCGGGACUGGGAAGAAACACAACGCCCUAUCCGCGAUAGACUUGAUGCCAUUGCCGAGGAAUACAUCAACAGGGUUUGGGAUCACGGCCAAUCUGUAACUCACGAGAACAGCCCAAAGUUUGCAGCCGACCUCCUUGCGCAUGUUCGGCACACCUUCUACGCCGAGAAAGCAGAAAGCGAUGCCACUCAUCAGGCCCAAAAAGUACCGUCUUCUACUGACAAUGCAGAUUCACGACCGAAACUAGUCCUGGAAAACAUGAAGUGGGUAUACGACAACAAAAUCAAGCCUCUGACAGAGCCCUUUCGCAAGGACAUCUUCCUUUGCUAUGGCAGUGGUUGCGAACACAAUAACAAGUACUAUGGCUUUGAAGGCGUCGUUCAACACUACGGAGCCAAACAUACAGCCGCUUUUAGCUCCGGGAAUGUCGUGGUUGCUUGGAGAGAAGCCGAAUGGCCCGAGGAUCCACCUUUCCAUCCUGACCCUAUGUCUGUCAAGAAUCUACUCCUCACUCAUCACCCUGCAGCAACCACAGGUGGGUAUGGCGGCUACUACGGUGGAUACUCCCGCGCGGGGACAGCGACCCCACAUAUGCCAACACACCUCCCGCAGGCAAGUCCCGGGCCUUACAACUAUGGAAACCAAUAUGCAGGACCAUUUGCCCCGCCACAGAUGCCUCCUGGUUCGAUGAAUGGAUUGGAGUAUCCACAGCCGUAUGCGACUCCGGUGGAUGUUUACUCACAUCAGGCAAUGGGUCCCCCAGGAUAUGCUGCCCAGAACCCUUACUUGACGUCUCCAGCAAUGAUCAAUAAUGCCAUAGCACCACCCCCUCCUCCUCCCAAUAUGCCACCGCCCGGUCACGGAAUGCCUGAGACUGCUCUUAAUGGUACAGAAGAUACUGGUCAAAGCACUAGCUCGUUUGACAAGCAAGUAAGUACCGUCAUCGAAAUGACACAGGACAUGUGGAAGCGUACCUCUGGUAUCAAGGACAUGCCGAAUAGCCUUCGCGUCUAUGUGCUGCUCCACCGUGUCAUCUCAAAGUUUCAUGUAGAGUUCAACCACGAACCAAACUUGAAUCACUUCAUCGAUGCCCUUUCCAAUCAUGAGAUUCCCAAAGCAUUGAGAAAUGCGCCAGGGCUCUCAUGCAAAGCCUGCCAGAUUGGUUCUGCACACCAUCCCACAAGUUCUUUCUACUCCAAGUCCGAAGAAAGGAUUACGUAUACUGUGUUGAACCUGAUGACACAUUUCCGGAAUCAGCACCAGCCAUACCAGCAACCCAUUCCUGGUCACGGAGUUCCAGUUGCAAGGCUCGAUUGGAAAGAAAACAUGAUCGAGCUACCUAGUGAGCGUUUCAUCUCCGGUUUGAUUCACGCUCCAGGUAUGGAUGACGAGAAACUGCUCAUGAUUGCGACGGUUUUCCCCAGCCUGUUCCCAAUGCCCCUGCCCAAGAUUGACGUGAUUAAUAGCCAUGGGUUGGCCUCGCCUGCUUCUUCUGGCCCCAAGGACACGGACAAGACGUCUGGUGCAAUCCAUGCUCCAGGCGAGUCAGGAGGACCUCCCACUUCUUCGAUCAUGACAGGUCCAGAAGCUAAUACUUCGUUGCCUGCAAAACCACCGGACACUGGGUAUGACCCUCAUCGCUCUGCUCUCUCAAGCGAAGCCAAUGACCCACCAAGCUCUAUGAAUACGAAAAGGUUCUACAGAGAGGGCUCACCUGCAGAGCGUAGGCAACACCAUUAUGCCGAACAUCGCUACUACAUGCCAAGAGAUCAUCUGGAUGAUGGGUAUCACCGCCCACGUGAGUACGUAGAAUAUGCUCCUAGUCCUAGGAUUAUUCAUGCGGGCCCUGCAUACGACGAAUACACUGGUCGUCGAACAGCAUUCCGGGAGCAAGAGCGAUACUACGGACCACCAGAAGAUAUUGUCUACGCACACCCGCGCGAAGGAAGUCAUGGCAGCCGAGAGUACAGUGCGUAUCCACGCCCGGUCAGGUACUACGAAGAAGACGAUCAUCGACCUGAGUACCGCUACAUGAAUGAGCGUCCACCGCAGGAUGCUAGCCCACUACAAGGGCAAUCUGCAGCAGACAAGUUCCUGGCAGAGAACGAGCCUCCCCAGCCUCCGCCACCACCGCAACCAGAAGGUGAACCCCCAGCACCGAUCCAUGAAAAUGAGGGAGGAUCUCGUUACACGCCUCCACCUCCAGACGCUCCUGUGCCAGCUGAAGCUAGCGCACCAAUUCGUCCACUAGGCCCACCACAUCCUAGAGCACCAUCAACCGUUUCCAAUAGCUCUAGAUUUGAUGACUAUCAACCCAACGGACAUCGUAUGCCUAUGGCUGGGCCGAGUGGCCCGCCGCCACGAAGACCUGGACCCCAACGUCGCCGAGAUCGCCCCUAUGAACACCGUGGGCACUCUCGCUACCAACGUUACAUGAGCGUCGCUCGCGACGAUCCAUAUGGCCGCGGGUCCAGCAUGAGUCGGUCGCAGAGCAGGAGAUACGAGGAGCAACGUCGUCGUCUUGAUCAACAAGAGACGCCACAACCCAAUGCUGAACCUGACUAUGAGCCCGACUACUCAAGGGAGCACAGCAUUGACCAGCCCGGGCAAGAUGACGGUUAUUAUCCACAUGUACGCCGCCAUCCACGUGGUUAUGUAUCAGUGCAAGACCGUAUGCAUUCACACGGUUCUGCAUACUCGCCACCACGAUAUCGAUAUGAUGAACCCCGUGGGCCGCAAUCAGUCUAUGUCGACGAAUACGGUCAUCCCAUCCACGAGUAUGAAGUGAUUCGCGUGCGAGGCGACCCCAGACAACGUGGGCCAUACAUGCCCCAUCAACCUCGUUACGAACCAGAACCUUAUGGAUACGUUCCAGUACAAUACGAAAGACCACCACCACACAGGUACAACAGCCGCCCUGAAGAGUAUGUGUACUACGAGGAGAGAGAGAGGUCUGUGCCGAGGAGGCCAGUACCAGAGGCCGAGAGUGACGUGUACGAGCCUCAACCGACCGAAAUCAAGGUUGAAAGCGUGCCGGUUCCUAUGCCACCGGAAGCGCCCUAA